AUGCUGUUCUCCUUCGCCGUCUUCUCGGCCGCCCUGCUUCACAGCGGACGGCCAUCCAGCCCAGCGUGCCUCGCACGGAGCACACGCGCGCCAGCCGCCCGCGCCUCGGCAGCUCCGCUGCUCGAGUCGUGCACCGCUGCCGGCCCUGUUGGAGUGCUGGCACCGGAGGCGGCGCAGCAGUCGGUGGAGGAUGCCGCCGCAGCGCUGGAGGGCGCGUCGGCCGUGCCGGCACAGGCUCGCGUCCCGCUGGCAGGCGUGUGCGUCUCCGCCAUGACGCGUCAGUCGCAUCCACACCAAACGGUACACUUGGCACACCAAAAUCGUGCGUCCGUGGCAGGCACCUACGACCUGCUGUACUCGGCGGCCAAGGGCGGCUCCAACGGCAAGAUCGGGCCCUUCGUCGGCCAGGCGCCGCGCGAGGGUCGUUAG